GUCUGUUCACGGGAGGAACAACCGAUCGUGUGUUGAGAAGUAAGGUAGAAUCGCUGUCGCUCGUUCGCGCGGUUCCCGUCGUCGCGGAACUGAAAUUUUCUCUCGCGAACAAAAACAAAGAGGUGCAAUAACGAACAAUAACAAUAACAGCAGCAUAGUAGCAAUAAACUGUGGGUAGCGCAAGCAGAGCGAAGAACUAAAGGAAAGCUGCUAGAAACGUGAGCGCGCGCGGUUUCCGAACGCACGUGAAAGUGGAGGUGCACUUUGUGUUGAUAAUUUUUGUUUGGCAAAAAGAUUACGAAAAUUCGGAAGUGAAAACGAAGAAUUUUAUUGAUACCUAUCAACAAGACAACGCAAGCUCUGGUGCACCAAACUAAAAGUGUAUCCAAGCUGUAGACGACGCAGUGCCCGGGUGAAAUUUGAUUACUGCCAACAACCAUACACCACUCAUCAACUGCUUCUCUGUUGCGCAAAAAAAAAAACAGCAGAAAAAAUACACAUACUGGUGAAAAUAAAUUAAUGAAUGGUUGGUUUCUUUCACCCUCCGGUUGUUGUUGGGGGAUUUUACAACUGUUUUUCCAACUGCGCGAGUUUUAUGUUUUUUUUUUUUGCAACAACGAAGAUGUGAUUGUUUGCCAUAUCCAUCUAUCUCCUAUGUGAGGAUCUUGACCAAGCGAAAUAGCAAUGCAUGUUGUGGAAAAGUUGCAAACAACAACAAAAAGAAGAGUACCAGAUUGGUUGUGAUAACACGUGUUUGGAAUCCUUGAAGCCACCCAUUCAGUGUGAAGAGCAGUGAAACUUUGUCAAAGAGUCCGUGUGUAGUUGAAACCGAGCGAGCGAGAAAAAAAUAAGUGAGUGCACGAAUGAUCGAUCGAUCGAUCGACAAAAAACCCCCCAACACACGAUAACAAGAGGGCAUCUCGAAUUGUUGUUCAAUAAAAAAAAAUUGCUUUUGCCGAGCGAGUGAAAUCGAAAAGGAAAAAUUGUUCCGACGUAUCGAAGCGAAAAAAUGGAAUUUAAUUAAAAUCCGAUCUGCACACCGUUUGCUAUAGCCUAUUAGUAAUAGUUUGUUUGAUUGUUCGUUCAUACAAGUAACAAGGUGUUUUGUGAAGCAGGGAGUUGCGUGAGUUGCCCUUGUAUUGCUGGUUCGAAUCAAAUCGAAUUAGAAGGGUUAAUAAAAUAAAAGUCGACAGUGCGAUAUAAAAAAAAAAGUGGUGAUUUACGAUUGUAGGCAAACGGUGCAGUGAUUUGGGUGCCCGAACAAGCGAUGAACCCAUGCCCAUGCGAUCGUUUUACGUACAAAUGUACAUCAGUGCGUACCUGAAGUCUGCGUGGGAAUGCAACGACUGUGGAAUGUAAAAGCCCGGUUGCAGAGCAUCGAUUUGGAUUUCGUGUGAAUCGUGGUGCUGUUUGCGUUUUUUUGCACACAAUAAGUGACCAGUUUUGGAGCGACCAGAGACGGAGGACCUGCGGAGGAGGAAUGGCAAUGUGGUGAAGUUUUCCUAUCAGCCAUUCGACCGACGAUUCAUCGACGACGACAAUGAACCUACUGAGUGCGCGAGAUUUGGCGGACCUACUGCGGCUAAGACGACAAUCGAACGUUCCAACAGAGACCAUUGGAUCGACCGGGUAAUGACCAGGUCCGAUUACCUAGUCCGAUUACCUAGUCCGAUCUUCUGAAGUGCGCGUAUUUUGACCCGUUUAUUAGCGACUUAAUAGUGUGAUCAAAAUGUAGACAAACGCGGCGACCGUUGUAUUUCGUGAGUGAUUUUCUUAAAUCAUAAAGAAGAAGCAGAGGAAGAAAACGUCCGCCAAUUGCUUAGUACAGAGUGUGAAUGGUGAAACCGCAGCAGUAGUGUGAUCUAGUUGUGCAAUUGUUUGUUUGAGUGAUUGGUGCCGAGGCCCACGAGCACAGUAAAGGAAGAUGAUGGGUUGCAGUCGGGUGAUCAUCAUCCUGCUGAUGGUGCUCACCGCUUGCAAACUUGCCGAUCCGGUACGAUUGAACGGCGGAAAUGCCACUACCGGUGGCGAUGAAGAUUCUCUAGUGCUUGGCGGAAGCGAACGAAGAACCCCGCCGUCGUCGCGUCAAACUGAAGUGCAAUAUGUUGCUGCUAGCCGUGGUGGAUCGUCCACGGUGACGACAUCGACGCUAUCGCCGCCAUUGGUGAAAGGGAGCAGCGGUAGUACGACUCCGACGGCGUCGAUUGCAUCGCAGCUGGAUGGCCGAUCUUCGCCAGAUGCCACCGACAAUCUAAAUGAAUCCACCACCUACUCGGCUCCGACGAAACGUCGCAAUGUCAACCGGGACAAUAAGCUGAUGUCGGUGUUGCAAGCUCGACGAACGGCACUGUCCAGGGAUCGUUGGCAGAAGGAGUACCAUCCGUCGUCCUCUUUGAAGCUUCAUCGGCACACAAAUCCGGCCGUGAAUUUAGUUGAGGAUAGUAGCACUCCGGAGUCGAAUUUGAUCAUACCACCGGAGUCACGGAUUGCUGGAGUGGACGAGUUUCUUGAUACGGACGAAUCGAUCCAUGGGAUGUACGUGGUGAAUCCGAGAACCGGGAAAAUUGCUCUGCAGCAUACGGGACCGCAGAUCAAGUUGGCUAAGGAGACUAAUAACUUUGUAGUGCAGCAUAGCAAUAAGACCGAGGAGAGCACGAAGCUUACAUCAACGAAGCCUUUCCCCGGAAGGAGUUCGUAUUACGAUGGUAGGGGUAAACGGACUCGUGAUCGGAAGACGUUUCCGACUUCUACGGAAAGGGCAGUAGACGACAGUGAAUUGGUGCCGUAUCAAUUCUUUGGACAGAAACUGGUGCCUUCCAGAAAGACCGAGGAUUCUAGGAAUCAGGUUGUUCUUACAAAGGGUACACGAUUGAAUAAGCUAAAGGAGGAUUCGUUGGAGAUGCUGGAAAUGUCAGCUCCAAAACCUUCAACGGAGAAGAACAAAUUCUGGCAAACACGAUUGGCGUAUCAGACGAGGAACGUUGUGGCGUUCAAUAACUACCUGAGGCGGAACAAGGAUGGAAUCUACGGAGUAACCCCUGUGCCUGCGACGUCUACAACGACAUCAUCCACAGAGAACUCGGUCCACUCGGAUUCACUGACAAACUCAAUGAUUGCGUUGAGCAAUCUUUCCGAAGGCCCAGUAGAUCCGAAGCAAGUGUUCUCCAGAAGUGCCAACUUUACAACGUCAAGUAGGAGCGAGCGAAUCGUGCAGAGUACAACCGCAAACAGCACGACUACAGAUUCCAGCAAAACGACAACGGAAAUUCCAGCGAAUCACAAACCAGACGACGAGCUGCCGGGACUUUUCAGCCCGACCGGACUCGCCGAGAUCUCUAAACUGAUCAUCAACUAUCCGGAUGAUGCCACACCGGAAGAUCUGUACCACGCGAAUAGCUAUCAACCAGUGGCGGACACGGUUCAAGGUCCUACCACAACCGAAAAAUUGUAUCCAGUUCCUGAAACGACACAAACGAUCGUAGAAGACUACGAAACUCCUAGAAAUAUGGUUUCCAUUCCAGAUAUCAAUCACAUUUUCCAGAAUCUUUCGACUAGAAGUACGACAACAACGACUACAGAGAUGCCAAUACCUGUUAAGAGGGCGUCUCUUGCAGAGACCGAGGCCAAAGUUAGUACAGAACAGUACGUGCCGGUAACGGUUACGCUGUCUACGACCAGCACGACCGUGUCCACACCGGAGCUGACCACAACCCCCACCACCGAGCCAUCGACUUCGAGUAGUACUUCGACGGAGUCUACCACCACCACAACUACUACCACCACCAGUACUACUACACCUCGUCCCACAACACCAUCGACCUAUCGAACACCCGUGGAAGUCUUCACCGAACCGAUCACCGAAGUCUACCCGGAGGUCAUCUACGAGGAGCCAGACUACUCCAAUUCCACCGACUCCGGAUUCAACCCGAUUCUAUCGCACGUGUUUCCAAAACUGACCAAAAACCCCUUGCCCUCACGCCCACCAACGUUAAUGGAUUUUUCUGUCACGUUCAGUUCUCCACCUCCAUUGACGCAUGACGCAAGUCAACCAGCUCUGGCUGGAACCAAAAAACCGACGAUCGCAUUCGAAGGAGUCUUGCUGCAGCACAACAGUGACGUGGUGAUCGAGAUGCGCAAAAUGAACACGGCCACAUUCAUCUUGGCUGGACUUGGGAUGCUGCCGAUCGUGAUCAUCAUUCUGUACGUGAUCAAAGCAGCCGUUUGUAAGCGAGAAAACAAGGUCUCACAUGACUUGGAACGGUACAUCCCGGAUGGUCAGCCACCGAUCAGUCCGGUUGUUAGGUUGGAGCAAUCGGACACGUCCAGCGUGGCAGAUGAAUCGAUCAUUACGGAUCGGGACUUUAAUCGAAAGAAUUUGAGGUUCAAGAGUUUGUUAGGGGAGGGGAACUUUGGACAGGUUUGGAAAGCGGAGGCAGAUGAUCUGGCUGGACAUUUUGGAUCAACCAGAAUUGUGGCAGUCAAGACGGAGCGGAGUGACAAUGGAAAUGGGGAAUUGAAGACGGAAGCGGAUAUCAUGCGAAAGUUAGGAUCGCAUCCAAAUGUGGUGACGCUGCUGGGGGCCUGUUUGGAGCAAGAACCACAACUGCUGAUAAUGGAGUACGCCAUGCGAGGCCGGUUAUUAUCGCUGCUGAGGGCAGCACGAGGUGCUGUCAAUGGAUUGACGCCGACGAUGCAUGGUAAUCGGACACCGAUCAUGCCACUAUCGCCAAGGAGGCUAACGGGAUUUGCUCACGAUAUUGCACGGGGAAUGGAGUAUAUUGCCGAUAAGAAGAUCGUUCAUCGGGAUCUGGCAGCGCGCAACGUCCUGCUGGAUCAUAACGGAAUCUGCAAGAUCUGUGAUUUUGGCAUGUCGAUCGAUCUGGAGAAGAUCAAGUCAUCGCAGGCGCACAUCCGGGUGCCUCGAUCACAUCAUAGUGAGUCAAGAUUCAAGUUCGAUCUGAGUGCUCGAUCAUUCGGCAUAGGAAGGCAUCACAGCCACGGACACCAUGAGGGAUUGGGAAGGCACGGCAAUCAUGGCGGCCGUGGGCACGAUACCAAGAGCCGUCCAGCACUGCCGAUCCGGUGGAUGGCACCGGAAGCGUUGCAGUAUCACAUCUUCUCUCGUGAGACGGACGUUUGGGCCUUUGGCAUUGUACUGUGGGAAAUUGCUACUUUAGGAUGCACUCCAUAUCCAAGUUUGUCCGGUCGGGAGGUAGUUCGAAGUGUUCCGAACGGAGCUCGACCGGAGAUUCCUCCAGACUGCCGUCCGGAGCUGUACGAUCUGAUGCAACGAACUUGGCGGAAGGAUCCUAGACAGAGGCCAUCCUUCUCCGAGUCUCGAAAUUGCCUAGCGAGGACACUUUGCCAGUGGCAGCUGGAGGAAACGGACACCUCCAACACGUCGGAAUACUUGGACGUCAGUGGUUUCAGUGAAGAUCUGGAGCAGGGAAUGGUCUACUUCAACCGACGGAUUUCCGAGUUCGAGUGUGAAAUCUAGGAAAAGUGCCCUAAAAUCCCAGCGUAGUAUUACUCGUGUUACUUUCAGAUCCCCGCCCCCUUUUAUACCUUACACUUGGAUUAAUUUAUUCCCAAGACACAAACCUUUGAAUUGUAUCGCUUUGUCGCGACUUGUUGUUGGCUUGCAAUUUCCAUCUAUCGUUUUCCUGGCGAAAACCAGCUGGAAAUGUUUCAUCAUUCGGAAUGGAUCCGCGUUUGUGUUUUACCUACUCUCAAAUGUCAUUGGCAAUCUUACUUCCCUAUUGUAAAUAUACAUUUUUCCUCCCUCUUUGAGUGAGUGUGCGUUUGCAAAAUAUUCACUCACACACACACACACACACACACACACGCACAUACAUUUACCAAGCAACAUGGGAAAAUAGCAAAUUUUCACCGAUUUCUCGCGAAUAACGCGAGACAUCGAAUAUUUAACGUUUUGUGAAUAGACAUACAUACAUACAUUCAUCACGAAAUAUUGUUUUAUUUGGAGUUUUCGGUAAGGAUUCGAAUCAAUUCGGAAAGCAGUGAUAAACGCGCAUAUAAGUUAUAAUUCAUAAGCACAAGUGAAAUGCUUUAUAGAAACAGACGGAGACUCGAGAGAGAAAGAUAGUAGAGCGAGAUAGAAGGAUGAUAUAUGAAAAAUAAUUUCAUGCAAGAAAUUUGUAAAUUUUUAAUUCAUCACGAUCACAAAAACAAAGGAAGGAACCACGCGAGGGUUUCUCGAUUCCAUGUGAAUGCAUCAUGCAAAAAUGAUUUUAUUAUUAUUUUUAUUGAUAGUUAUUUUUGUUUUUUUUUUGUUAAUUCUUAGACUCGAAUCAGGAAGAAGCACGUUCUUCUCUG